AUGUGUAUUGCUCUGAUUUCUACCGCCCACCCUUCCUACUCGUUGAUAAUUAUCAACAACCGGGAUGAAUUCCUUCAUCGCCCGACUUCCCCGCCGGACUGGUGGCCGGAGCCGUCUUCGCACGUUCUUGGCUCCCGAGACCUAGCCCGAGCUACACGCGGCACUUGGAUGGGCGUUACCAAGCAAGGCAAGCUUGCCGUUCUCACCAACUACCGUGAGGACACAACCAGCGAAGCUAUCGGAUACUAUAGUCGUGGUGUCAUAGUGAACAGCUGGUUGACUGGCCCAACGGAUAAGCAAGAGACCACUCGCGACUUUGUUCAAUCUAUCGUGACCAGCGCAGAGGCCAAGCAAGUGGGAGGCUUCAGUCUAGUGUGUGGACACAUCAACGAGCCAUUAGCCAUUGUUUCCAACCGCUCCUCAGACAUGGACCACAUCAGCUGGGUCGCCACAGAGAAGAACGAAACCCGCGGGCUUAGCAAUACCACCUUUGAUGACAGGAGCUGGCCAAAGAUCAUCGAUGGAGAGAAGCUCACGGCGGCGGCUAUUAAGGAGCACGUACAGCAUGAAGACGAAGACGAGGACGCUUUGAUUGAUCGUCUACUGCAAGUCCUAAGCACCGAUACUCUGCCACGCCUGCCAGAAGAGCAUGACACAAUUGAAACUUACGUCCACCACCUGCGCAAGAGCAUCUUCGUUCCCAUUAUCGGCAAGGCAAACGACCGUGGUCAAGUGGAAGAGAAACUCGCUGCAGCCCAGGUUGAGGAUGAGAUGGAAACUGCGACAAACGAACCACCCUGUCAGAGUUACACCAGUGGACCCUAUGGGACUCAGAGGCAGACUGUCCUCUUGGCACGCCCGGAUGGACGUGUGCGUUAUUUUGAACGGACUUUGUAUGACAAUGAUGCCAAGGCUGUGCCCACUGGGCAAGGUGAUCAUUCAUUCGAGUUCAACAUCAGCACUUAA